GCAUCUCACGCCAUGUCGCGCCUCGGCCAAUAUCUCAAUAGAAGCAGCAAGCUCCUCCGUGACAAUGCCUCUCGCAUCUUGCGCAUGGAGGGCGCCGAAGAGCCAUCGCGCGCACCCAAAAGACUUUUCACCUUCAACAGUCGCGAAGACAUCAACCAAUUUGCCACCGGGUGCGACGCAGAUGUUGGAGGCCUGUCCACUGUGCACUUCGAACUGGACGAGUCUACUGCCAAGCCUUCGACUACUGAGAAAACUGCCACCCCUCAUGGCAACACUGUCAACCAGCCGACGGGCAAAUUCUGGGGCGAAAUGAGCUUGGCCGUCAGACGGGGCCUAGAAGGACAGAUUCGGGGAGGCUACGCAGGUUUCCGUAGCAAGCCUCGGUCUACCCUCUUUGGAGAGAUGACGGAAGACGUUUCGAACCACGAGUACCUCGCCCUGCGUGUGAGAGCACUCGGUCACCCAAGAACACGCAACUCCUACUUCGUGAACCUGCAGACGGACGGACCCAUCACAACGGACCUGUGGCAACACCGAUUGUUCUUCAGGAGAGACGACGGCGGCUGGGAGGAUGUCUUUAUUCCUUUCAAGGACUUCGUACUCACCAACGCCGGGGAGCUGGUGCCCCAUCAAGUCCAGAUGUACCGUGAGCGUGUGCGUACCGUUGGAAUCUCCCUAUUAGGCGGGAACAGCGGCGUGGAAGGUCCGUAUGAACUGGGUAUCGAUUCCAUCAGUGCGGUCAACAUCGAGGACGUCACAGACAUUAGUGCCCUAGAGAAAGUACCUACAGAUGGUACGCAGUGGCAAAGGCCACCGGUACUAUGAUUCUCUUCACAUCACCGAGGAAUCUCUUUUGUCCUCGAGCCCCCAGCUUCAUAGUCUACCCUCACGCAAUACUAGCCUCCACUCGACGGUUUUUAUCAUUCCCAUCGACAUGACCGGCCUCGGCGGUGGGACGGACACCUCAUUCGCAUAGCAUUCGCGCCUGUUGCUCUUGCACAUGUGAGCGGCCGACGCGGGCGGCAGUCAAAUCACAACGAAGACUUGUAGCGCCAGCUCUACCUUCCGCCCACUGUGAUUUCUCCUCGCAAC